UGUGUGUGUGGUUGUAUGUGUGUGUGUGUGUUGCAGAUAUUUGGUGGCUUGGUGUGGAUCCUUGUGGCUUCCACUCGUGUAGAACCGGAGAACCCUCAGGGCUGGGUGAUGUUCGUCUCCGUGUUCUGUUUCGUCAUGACCUUCUUGUGGCUCAUCGUUUUCGCCUGUGGAGCUCACAAGAACAAAGGAGGCUGGGCUACUGCGGACUUUGUGUAUCACCUCCUGGCGGCUCUGUUCUAUCUCAGUGCCUCGGUUCCUCUCGCCACCGUCACACUUGAUAUGAAGAACAGCACUGUUGUCUCUCUGGUGGACAGAUUCAGAUAUUACCAAAUCGAUAUUGCAGCAGUGGUUUUCUCCUACAUCACCACGCUGCUCUACUUCAUUCACUGCAUUCUGUCUGCCAUCAGAUGGAAAUCCUUCUGAACAAACGAUGGAACAUGACAGGAGAAGCGUUCACACUCCAUCACUGCCCAGAUCUGAUCGUUUCAUUAAGAUGAUUUUAGAUUAUUCUAAUCACAGGUGAUAGUUUAAAUUAAUCGUUAUUGGGGUUUUUUUCAUAUGAAUUAAUUCUGUAUCAUAACUAACCAAAUAAAACUUUGAAAAUUUUUAUAACACAGUAGACGCAGGCAAAAACAAAUUCUUUGUACCGGAGAAGAAUCAUUUUUUGUAUAUUUUUGACACGCUAUGGAAUAAGUAACGUUUUAAUAAAAGUUGCGUAAAGGGUG